ACAUCAGCCGGAAGGCAAUGUGUCAAACAGCUGAGCGAAAGAGAGAGAGAGAGAGAGAGAGGAAGAGAGACCCAGAAAACCGCCCAACUCUCACCUCACGAGAGGAAAAGGAAACCGGUUUGUGCGUGAAUUACGUCGCCUCGAGCCGGGAGAUGAGAGGUGAAGAGAGGAAGAGAACUUGAGAGGUUUUUGAGGAAAAAGACAGCUAGAGAAAAAUGGACGUCCUAAUUCUUCUUGUGUACCUGGUGGCACUUUUAAUGGCUGCAUUUAUUGCUGUCUGUGUUAUAGUCUAUAUCAACAGUGAAAUGUAUCCUACCAUAAAAGUCUAUGAGAGUGAAAAACAGUAUGAAGAUCCAGGAAUUGGAGAGAAAUUUGAUUUCCCAUCAAUAAAAGAUCCACCAACUAGGUCCUUAUCUGUAGUUGUGCCAGCAUACAAUGAGGAAGCUAGAUUACCAGUUAUGAUGGAUGAAUGUAUGGAGUACCUAGAAAAAAGAGCAAAGACUGACAGCAGUUUUACCUAUGAAGUGAUCAUUGUAGACGAUGGAAGUAAAGAUAAGACCUCACAGGUUGGGUUGGGGUAUGGGAAGAAGUAUGGCACAGACAAAGUAAGGGUAUUGACCUUGGCCAAGAACAGAGGCAAGGGUGGAGCUGUGAGGAUGGGUGUGUUUAGAUCUCGGGGAGAAAUGCUUCUUUUUGCUGAUGCUGAUGGCGCAACCACAUUCUCCGACUUGGAUAAAGUGGAAGCUAGUCUGAAGAAUAUUUGUGCCGAUGAGAAGACACUAAGUGAGGCUAUUGCUGUAUCAUGUGGAUCAAGAGCUCAUUUAGAAGAGGAGUCUGUUGCUACGAGGACAUUCUUCAGAACGCUUUUGAUGUACGGCUUCCACUUCUUGGUGUGGCUGUUUGCAGUGCGUGGAGUUCGAGACACACAAUGUGGCUUUAAACUUUUGACACGCCGAUCUGCCCGUAUUUUAUUCAACAGUUUACAUGUUGAGAGAUGGGCAUUUGAUGUUGAGAUGCUGUACUUGGCACAAGUUUUAGGGAUUCCCAUAGCGGAAGUUGCUGUAGAAUGGCAGGAAAUCGAAGGCACUAAGAUGACCCCAGUGCUUAGUUGGAUCGAGAUGGGACUAGAUCUGGUCAUCAUUUGGCUCCGUUACACACUAGGAGCUUGGAGAAUAAGGGGUGAUAUGGCCAAGUGCCAUCACACUUCUAGUUAAGGUGUAUUAGUAGAGAUAAAUAUUGUGUUGAGGAAAGCAGUCUUAAGAAUCGGUAUUUUUGUAUAUCUUGUUUCUCGGCAUUUAUAUAUUUUUUAUUGGAAGUACCUUUGUCCACUGUACAUGUUGUAUGAGUGUUUAUUGACAAAUGCCUCAAAAUGCAGUGCUUUAAAUAAAGGUAUUACAAUAUGAGGAAUAUAAGUUAAAGGAGAAUAUCUGAAUGAAAAUUCCGGAUUUUGUAUUUACAUAUAAAUAUUUGAUAAAAGAUUUAUAUACUUUCAAGCAAUAUGUUAACUGAGAAGGCUUUGAAUAAAUAACUUGCCCUCUCCGACUAGGAUUCAAACCUGGGUCUUUGCACGAAGGUAACUGCACAUGCUCAUACCAACUGAGCUACACAACCCACAUGAGAAGACUUUAUAAAUAUACAAAAGAUAAAUUUAGGGAUUGAUAAAUUCUGAUUUUGCAGCUAUAUAGUUGCUGUAGGUUUUGAAUGGGUAUUGCUGUCUGUGCAAAUUACCAUACCAUAUAGAUAAAAUGGAAUGUAAACUUCCAAGGAAACCAUUCGAUUUGCAAUUUUAAAGGACCGAUUACCCAGGGAUGGGAAGAAAUUUAUUAAUCUUUGAUUUUGUAUUGUUCAUAGUUAAGCAUUUGAUCCUGCAAUGUAAAUUGUACCUCACUAUGUUACAGGAUCACACUGAUCAUGUUAAAAAAAUAAAAGCAACAGUAAUGAUGCAUCACAUUAGUAAAAUUUUAUAGCUUUAUAUUUCCACGGCUUUUACGUAUCACAGAGAAAGCACAAUGUUGUGUUCAAGUUGAACAGUUGUCCAGAUUACAGUUUGUGUUUUUCUAUGUAUGCUUUGUUUAUAUUUGAUUCUUUUAAACUGUAUCAUUUACAGUGGCCUGACAUUCCCGGACAAAAAUAGGUUUCAUAAAGAAUAUAGCAUUCAAUUAAAUUUCAUGCAUUACUUAAAGAUCAUGAAAAUAAUCAUGUGGAAGCAAAUGUUUUACAUUAAAAUUAUAGAUUUCAGUUUAUUUGUUUACAGCUGGGAUUCUGUUUUCUUUAAUGAAAACAUUUUGUUAUGAAUAUAUUGCAGUUCAGUAGUCAUUUAUGCACUUGUUAUUAUUUUGAAUAAUAAAUGCUGAAUGUAGAAA